GAGGGAGAGAGAGAGAGAGAGAGAGAGAGAGAGAGACAGGGGGAGAUUGCGAAAAGACGGGCAGGAGGAGUGGGACUUGCUAUAAGGACACUAGCGACUCCUAAAAUCCAGCCGCUCCUCUAUUUUUACGCAGGAGAUUUGAAGAAACAAACAACAAAACAGGAGCAGCUGUGAUUGAAGCCCGAUUAGGAAAAGUAUCCUAACGUUCCGGUUUUUGACAUCUUUCUAUACUAUCCGCAGCGGCAGAGACACUUGGGGACCGAGGGACCUACCAUGACAAGGGCUGUAGAUAUUGUGCUCACUGCUCUGCUUGCCGCGUCCCUGUCGUGCCGGAGCGCCCUCGGCGGCUACGGGAUGAGCCUGUUCGCGGCGCAGACCUCUCCCCCGGACCCCUGCUACGAUGAGCACGGCAACCCGCGCCGCUGCAUCCCGGACUUCGUCAACUCCGCCUUCGGGAAGGAAGUGAAGGUGUCGAGCACUUGCGGCAAGACGCCCAGCCGCUACUGCGUGGUGACAUCGGCGGAGAAAGGAGACGAGAGGACCAGGAACUGUCUCACGUGCGACGCCUCGGACCCCAAGAAGUACCACCCCCCGGCGUACCUGACGGACCUCAACAACCCACACAACCUCACCUGCUGGCAGUCCGAGAACUUCAUCCAGUACCCACAGAAUGUCACCCUGACUCUGUCCCUCGGAAAGAAGUUUGAGGUCACUUACGUGAGCCUGCAGUUCUGCUCGCCUCGACCUGAAUCCAUGGCCAUUUUCAAGUCAAUGGACUACGGUAAAACUUGGGUACCCUUUCAGUUUUACUCGACUCAGUGCAGGAAGAUGUACAACAAGCCAAACAGGGCCGUUAUCACGAAGCAGAACGAGCAGGAGGCCGUGUGCACGGACUCCCACACCGACAUGUACCCUCUGACCGGCGGGCUCAUCGCCUUCAGCACGCUGGAUGGCAGACCGUCGGCUCACGACUUUGACAACUCUCCGGUGCUACAGGACUGGGUAACGGCCACAGACAUUAAGGUCAUCUUCAGCCGGUUGCACACUUUUGGCGACGAGAACGAGGACGACUCGGAGCUGGCCCGGGACUCGUACUUCUACGCCGUGUCGGACCUGCAGGUCGGAGGGAGAUGCAAAUGCAACGGGCACGCAUCUCGGUGCGUAAAGGACCGGGAUGGCAGUCUGGUGUGUGAGUGCAAGCACAACACCGCCGGGCCGGAGUGCGACAGGUGCAAACCUUUCCACUACGACAGACCGUGGCAGAGAGCCACAGCCAGGGAGGCCAACGAGUGUGUCGCCUGUAACUGCAACCUUCACGCCCGAAGGUGUCGUUUCAACAUGGAGCUGUACAAGCUGUCAGGAAGGAAGAGUGGAGGAGUCUGCCUCAACUGUCGCCACAACACUGCUGGACGCCACUGCCACUACUGCAAGGAGGGCUACUACAGGGACCUGUCCAAACCAAUCUCACACCGGAAAGCCUGCAAAGCAUGUGAUUGCCAUCCCGUGGGUGCUGCUGGCAAAACCUGUAACCAAACCACAGGACAAUGUCCCUGUAAAGACGGCGUGACUGGUAUCACGUGCAACCGCUGUGCUAAAGGCUACCAGCAGAGCCGCUCGCCCAUUGCCCCCUGCAUAAAGAUUCCAGUUGCACCUCCUACAACCCCAUCCAGCAGCACGGAGGAGCCAUCAGACUGUGACUCUUACUGUAAAGCAUCUAAAGGCAAGCUGAAGAUCAACAUGAAGAAAUACUGCAAGAAAGAUUACGCUGUCCAGGUGCACAUCCUGAAGGCAGACAAAGCCGGGGAGUGGUGGAAGUUCACAGUCAACAUCAUCUCCGUCUACAAGCAGGGCGAGAGCCGCAUCCGCCGUGGCGACCAGUUCCUGUGGGUCCGUGCCAAAGAUGUGGCCUGCAAGUGUCCCAAGAUCAAACCUGGGAAGAAGUACCUGCUGCUGGGGAACGACGAGGACUCCCCAGGGCAGAGUGGAGUGGUGGCAGACAAAGGAAGCCUGGUCAUCCAGUGGAGGGACACAUGGGCACGCAGACUCAGGAAGUUCCAGCAGCGCGAGAAGAAAGGCAAGUGCAAGAAACCAUAGGGAGAAAAAAACGGAAAUGAUGCUGGAAAUGGGAGAGCAAUUCAAGAGAAAGCUGAGCGGGUCAUUUAAAAAAUAAUAAUAAUAAAAGUGAAUGAGAGGCAGAGAGAGGACCACAGACAGACAAGAGACUGUUUAUGUCGCUGCUUUUUUCUGUAGAAGCAUGAAGAGAAUUAUUUAGGAUGAUUUGUUUUUCUAGUGAACUUUUGUUGAAGGAGCUCACAUUGCAGAUUUGGUUUUAUGGUUUAUUUUACUUUGAGAUUUUGUCUCUCUUGUGGAUUUGCCGAAUUUGCACCUAUUACCAGCAUAUAAAGUUAUUUGUGUUCAUUUUCUUUAUCUCAGUAUGAAAUCAUUAUAUUUUAUGUUUUAAUUUUAUGGACAGUUUCUGCUGGUGCAAAAUGUCACAGAAAAAGCCACUUAAUUACCACUGCAACUUUGCCUCUGCAUGGUUUUCUUAUUGUAUUCUUAGCUAAGAAACAAGCUUGUCUUGACUGAUCUUAUUGAGGCAGAAAUAUUUUCUUUAUUAAGACUUGUGCCAUAAAAACUAUUGUUUGAAGCCACAGAAAUGCAAAAGACAUUUAGUUUUCUCUGAGCUGCCACUCAUUUCCCUCACUGUACAAAUUCUGCAACUCAAGAAACAAGAAACGUUGUCCAGCAUUUUUACCUGUCAGGACAUUUAGAAUACGUGACAGAAAAGAACCAAGGAUAAGACACAACUCUGACUAACGUAUUUUUGACCUGAGCAUAUUUUCACUUUCCAUUUGUGACAUCAGACUUCCCUGGUUAAAUUUUGGUUGUUCAGUAUUUGUACAAACCUGCAUGUGUAUGCUUCUCAUGUGAGACUGUAAUGUUCAUUCCACUAACUGGUGCUGCUCAUGGUACUAAUGUUAAAAUUCUGCUUUUUGGGGAGGAGGGAAGGCAAACUGAAUUGAAAAUCACUGAGUUCACUUUCUGUACUUGCAGUUACUGUGAUUAUUAUUAUUGUUAAUUUCACAACAGGAGUUUAACAACUGACUUACAAAAGGACAAGAGGCCAGGCAAAUAUAUUAUACGGUUAUAAGGUGCUAUGAAAAUAUUCACAAAAUUGUGAAUGGUUCUUUGGGUAGCGCUAAUAGAAAUAAAUAACAAUAAUAAAGAUUGGUUCUUAAGUUGACUGUAAAAUAAAUUGUCAUAUGUUGGUUUUAAUUCAUUUCAGCUACCCCUUAGAAAUAAUAUUUACUUGUUCCACUACAAAAUUAUCAGUGCUGUUACCCAAGGUAGGUCAUUGUCCAAGUGGAUGCAACAUUAUUGUCAUGCAGCUGCAAGUGCAUCACGUUCUCAGAGGAUACUGACAUAGACGUGCAUGUAAUGUCUCAAGUGCAACGCAGAUUUAUGUAUGUCUCUUUAGAAAUGUAUUCUUCCACACCAGGUUGUGAAAAAAAACUUUGUAACAUGUGUCCAAAUAUAUCUUUAAAAAUUUGCAUGAAUAAGACAAAAGAUUAAAAAAAAUGUUCUCUGCAUCUAGAAUAGUACAGUGUGGGUAGCUACAAAUAACUAAAUCUGAAAAGCUGCUUUUUAUGUGGAGCAAGAUCAGUUCUGUAUUGUAUGAAAAGAAAAAUGUCCUUACCUCAUGCGGAGCAGAAAUUAUUCAGAAUGCAAAAAAUUAAAACUUUACUGCUAACUGCGCCUUGAAAUGUGCUCAUCAGUUACUUAAAUGUGUUUUUUGAAAUGCCCUUCACACUGGCUUGUAUGCAUCUAGAAUAGUUCCUACAGUACGGUGAGAUUACAGUUAAAUACCGUUACACUAUACACUCUUUAGCAAACACAAUGCAUGACUGUACAUUCACUAAGAGGAGACUGUGCGACCAGUCAGAAGCUGCAGUGUCCCAUUGACCUGUCACAUUAAUUCUCUUCACUUCAACACUCGCACAGGGAGAAACGGGGUGAAUUGCAAUCACUCGACGCUGCUUAUUUCAAACCACAUAGCUCAUUUAUUUGUAUGCAGUUCAGUUGGGAUUUCUGAAAGGAAUGCGUGGUAAAAGCUCAGGUUUGUGAAAGCCCACAGUGUAUCUGGUGUAUCAUACAUUAGGGUUGCUUUCAGUGCAUCCCAAAACAUGUUUGAUGUUGAUAUUAUUUUUGUAUCACGAAAUCACAUUUAGCAUAUUUUAAACUGUCCCUCAGCACAAGUAACUGAGAGGAAGAUUAUUAAGGUUUUUUCAGGACACAGAGUGUUAAUCUAAUGGACUCUCACCUAAUUUUGCUUUGAAUGGUAAAAAAAUUCUGAUUCCCAUCCUGCACAUUUUCCCAAAUGGACUGAACUGCUUUCUAGAUCAUGACAAAUUAGGAGAGCUUUUCAAACCAUGAGAAAUCAAAAAUAACCUGGGUGCAGCUGUAAGAUAACAAGUGAUUUUGUCGCCGAGGUACUUCACAAUAUUUACAUCUAUGGUUUGAUGCAGCAUAUUUUUACUUUACUGUACAAUCAGUCAAAUGAUUGUGAUGUCAGUCCAUCAUGAUGCUACGUGCUGGCUUCUCCAGCAUAUUCACAUAUACAGCAUUUCUACAUGCUCCUGCCAUCCUUUGUUAAUCCCACAGCAUAACAUAAAAUGUCAUUGUUUUUCUGUUUGGCACAAUGUAAUCUGUAAUCACACUUCUUUAGUUCCUGUAGCCUCUUGCUGUUAAUUUUACAUCUGUCUAAUGAGCAAUGGUUUGACAAGCUUCCCGAUGAAACGCUAUACACAUACCUGUCAAAGCAUUGCUUUGUGUUCAUACUAUGAAUUGUAAAUGUUGUUUAAUUGUCACCAUUGCCAAGACUUUUUGCAAUGUUGUUUUACGAUGCGUACUAAUAUAUUAUGGUUAUUAUAUAUGAAUAUAUUUAAUGACACAAGACAUUGUGGAUUUUAUUGUCUUUUUCAUUUUUUUUUUACUUGUUUGUGGUUGUUUAGAUUGUUGCCAUUAAAGAAGGAAAUAAUAACUACUGAACACACCAAUCUGGUAGAACUUAAUUCAGAUCUUCAGUUGAAAUAAACUCUUGUUACAUUGAAAAA